CUCAUCAUCUUCAUCCACCCUUCCACCCUCAUCAUCAUGACCUCCGCGGCCGUUUGGGUUCAAGCAGCAAGGCAACUCCCCCAGCGAACCUGCCCUGUGCCCCCCGCACCUCCCCCACCACCAGCCCUACCACCUUUGGGAUAGAAUCCGCCCGUCAGCUUCCCUGGGCCCCUGGCCUUGCACUUCGACUGACAAAUUUCAAAUCCCCAUCGAGGGGUUUUAGACCCUGCCAGCUACCAGCCUGCUCACGAGGCAGAGAUGGAGACGAAGAAGGCUUCGGAUGGCAAGAAGAUGGCUAGCGGCUCCAAGGCCGCGGCCGCGAAGUCCUCCCUGAAGUUCCUCACGCCCCAGGCGCUCGCGGGAGCCAUCGUGGGCCAUGGAGGGUCCAAGAUCGCUGCGAUGCGCAGUGAGAACAGCGCCGGGAUGCAGCUUUCAGACCGCAAGGAGACGUACCCCGGCACUGACAGCCGCCAGCUCACCCUCACGUGCGAAAGCGAGGAGGCACUCCUCAACCUCACCACAAAGAUUCUGAAAAUCCAGUUGGAGCUAAUCUCACCGGAGGAGCUUCAGAAAAGCAAUAAUGACCAAUGGAUUGCCAGAGAGUCCCUCGGCAACGACAGCGAGCUCAAGAUCUGCCUGCUGGUCCCCCGCGCGGCCGGCGGCGGCAUCAUCGGCAAGGGCGGCGCCAGUAUCAAGCAGCUGCGCGAGUCCAGCGGAGUGAAGAGGCUGGUCAUCAGCGACGGCGAGCCCAGCAGCAUGGGCCCUGCUUCCGACCAGAUGGUCAGCAUCACCGGCUCCCUGAAGUCGUGCCAGGCCGUGAUCAAGGAGGUGAGCAAGCAGGUCCAGGCGCUCAGCGGGGAGGGGUGGUUCGGCGCCUGGGUGGCAUCGACUCCAGCUGCGUCCAGCGGCUGGGAGGCCAGCGGUUCUGACUGGAACGACUGGAACAGCAGCUGGGACUGGAACAGCGGCUGGAACGACGGCUGGGGCCACAGCAGCGGUGGGCCGAGCAGCGGUUACUCGGGCCUGAACACUCUCGUUCAGGCUGCAUGGGAUACGCCCCCCAAAGUCCUGGAGGACUCCCGCGGCUUCGCGAUGAGCUGCAUAGUGCCCAAGAACCUCACCGGCGGCCUCAUCGGCCGCGGCGGCCAGAACGUCCAGAAGGUCAAGGAAAGGACCUACGCAGACAUCUCCAUCCGGCCGAUUCCCGAUGACCCCGACCACAACAGCUUGAACAUCGUCGGCCCCCUGCCCAACGCCUGCGCGGCGUAUAUGCUCAUGAUGAAGCUUUAUUUGGACGCCGAGGAUUCCGCCGCCAGCUGAGGAACCCGCGGGUGCCAAGGCGCGAUGCGCACAUCCGCCAGGUCUUCUCCGACCCAGCCAGCGCAACUUGUUGGGUGCCUGGCACGUGCCACAGUAGGUGAGGAAACCACGCCCCAGGCUUCUACAAGAUCCUCAGGAAAA